GGCUAGGCGAGAAGAGGCGAGUCGUCCAGCUACCGCCAUGCUCGGCUGUCCGCUGCUGCUCCUGGCGGCCGCUACCGCCGUCGCCGGCGUCGUCGGCUCGAUAACGAGAGACUUGAAUAAUGUUUUCCCUGCAGAGCUUCCUUCAGUCAAUAGUACAUGGCUUGAUAUACAAAGAAACGCCUCGCAGGAGUCGAGGAUAGUGGGCGGCUCGGUGGCUCCGGCGCACUCCUUCCCGCACCAGGCGGCGCUGCUGGUGCCGGUCUCGGACAGCAUCAUGCUGUGCGGGGGGUCCCUCAUCGACGAGCAGUGGGUUCUCACCGCGGCGCACUGCUUCGACGGGAUGACGGGCACGCCGGAGGUCAUACUCGGCGCCCAGAGCCUCAGCGUGAAGGAGCCGUCGCAGGUGGAGGUCGCCGGCAUAGAGGUCCGCAUCCACCCGGGGUGGAACAAGAAGCUGCUCGUGAACGACAUCGCGCUCGUGAGGCUAGCUAUGAAGAUGAAGGGCAACAGCGCCUACAUCCGUCCAAUCAGGCUGCCCACGUGGUCCCAGCUAUCCGACAGCUUCGCGUAUGUAACAGCCACAGUGAGCGGCUGGGGGAAGACAUCGGACAGUUCGCAAGUGAGCCCCCAGCUGCGCUACCUGCGCGCCACCGUGCUGAGCAACGCCGAGUGCGACAGGUUCUUCGGCAAGGUGUACGACUCGAACAUCUGCAUGUCGGGGCAAGGAGGCGUGGGCUCGUGCAACGGCGACAGCGGCGGGCCGCUGACGGUCCCCGGGGAAGACGGCCAGAGCACGCUGGUGGGCGUGGUCUCGUACGGCUUUACCAGUUGCCUGGCGUCCUACCCCACCGUGCACACGCGCGUCACCAGCUACGUCACGUGGAUCUCCUCCGUGACGGGCGGCGCCGGCCGGUCGGGCCCCCGCGCGGCCCUCCUCGCCGCCGCCAUCUUGCUUUCAGCGCUCCGCCUGUGACGUCGGCUCUGGACAGAACUGUGUUCCUAAUCACGGGGGUGUGAUGUACUUAACUUAAUUAAAUUUAUUGAUACUCGGGGACUCUUCUUCGUGUGUAACAACAGCUCAAGAGGAAAUGUUUCCCAUUCAAACAAAAGUUACGAUAGGCUCAUAUUUUAAGUUAUAGUUGGAUAUUUAUGUAUAUUUUAUUUGUUGAGAGGAAAAUAUAAUUAAAGUUAGUUACAGACUUAUAAA